ACGACGAAAUAAUGUAACUGUGCCUUUAAGCAAUGAAAAAACCCUGAAUGAUGAUGAAGUCAUUCCCAACUGCGUAGCCACGGACCGGAAGGAAGUGAGUGCUAGCUGACAUACGUUAGCAAGCUACAAUUUCGAAGUCUGCUGUGGCUUCUAUGGAAGAGAUGUCAGGAGAGAGUGCCGUGAGCUCGGCGGUGCCGGCAGCUACAACCCGGACUACAUCCUUCAAAGGUUCCAGCCCCAGCUCGAAAUAUGUGAAGCUAAAUGUGGGCGGGGCACUGUACUACACAACAAUGCAGACUCUAACCAAGCAGGACACCAUGCUUAAAGCCAUGUUCAGCGGCAGGAUGGAGGUCCUCACUGACAGUGAAGGUUGGAUUUUGAUCGAUCGCUGUGGGAAACAUUUUGGAACGAUCCUGAACUACCUGAGAGAUGGAGCAGUGCCGUUGCCAGACAGCCGGCGGGAGACCGAGGAGCUGCUUGCAGAAGCCAAGUAUUAUCUCGUCCAAGGCCUCGCUGAUGAAUGCACAGCUGCCUUGCAGAACAAAGAAACGUAUGAACCGCUAUGUAAAGUGCCGCUGAUGACAUCUUCCAAGGAGGAGCAGAAGCUGAUUGCAACUUCAAAUAAGCCUACGGUCAAACUGCUGUACAACAGAAGCAAUAACAAAUAUUCCUACACCAGCAAUUCUGACGACAACAUGCUAAAAAAUAUUGAACUGUUUGACAAGCUGUCGUUGCGGUUCAAUGGCCGUGUCCUUUUCAUCAAAGAUGUGAUCGGGGAUGAGAUCUGCUGCUGGUCCUUUUACGGGCUGUGCCGUAAGAUAGCGGAGGUGUGCUGCACCUCCAUCGUUUAUGCCACCGAGAAGAAGCAGACAAAGGUGGAGUUCCCUGAAGCUCGCAUCUAUGAGGAGACCCUCAAUAUCCUCCUGUACGAAUCCCACGACGGGAGAGGGCCAGACAACGCCCUGCUGGAGGCAACAGGGGGCGCCGCGGGACGAUCCCAUCACCUGGAUGAAGAUGACGAGCGAGAGCGAAUCGAGCGAGUCCGGAGGAUCCACAUCAAACGACCCGACGACCGCACACACCACCACCAGUGACCUCCCACUCUUCUUAGCCGAGGCCUUGCACAGCACCGCACCCGUGCCUUAUACCUCCCCGAUUACAUCCAUUACCAGGAGACUGUAUUAGUGUAUUGUUGUGCAGUUAUUGUGUCCGCUGUGUCUUCUUUGUUGUGGUCUGACUGACUGACUGCAGUGUUUGUUCACUUGUAUCACUGUUGUGUAAUUCUGUUGCAAUACACACAAGUGGAUGAAACAUUUCCAAGUAAUUCUUCCACCAUAUUUAGUUUGAACAUUUAUUCAGUUUCUGUUCGCACCACAAAAUGUUUGUUUCCUACAGCGGGAACUUGAGGUGUCAUGUGCACGUCAUGGCGGGUAGACGCUGAGGUUGGAGUGAAUGAGUGUAACCAGAGAUCUCCCAGAGUCCUGUUGACAUACUUUUGAACAGGGAGAGAAAUUAGAGCUGUUCAGUUUUGCACACAAUUGCAAAUUGAUAUGUGUUAACAAUCACCCGUAGAGCUAUUGUACAGAAGUGAACAUAUAUGUAUGUUUUUUUAUUUAUACAUCUCAAAUAUAUUUAUAUGAACGUA